AUGGAGCCAGGUGCCGCUCUUGUAGCUCUGGCCAGGACCGCGCAGGGCGGGGCGUCAGGGAACGCGACCGGCGGCUGCAGCAGAGGCGGCUCCGCUUGCCUGAAACCGCUGCCGCCGAGCGCGGCCCCCACCCCCGAGGCGCCCCGAGCCUCCGCCUCGGGCUGCGCUUCUGCGGCUGCCGCGCCGGAAGAGGCCCUGGGCCGGCGGCAGCAGCAUCGUGGCGGCGCUCGGGGCACUCAGCCGCGACCACCGCUUCCUCUUCAACAGGACGGGAGCCCCGGCCGCGCUCCGCCGCACCCGGCUGAGAGCCCCCGCCCGUACGGGAUCCCGUUCUACCUGCAGAACCUGGCGCACUGUCCCGGGUACUUCAUUGUCGCCGAGGCGCCCGGCGAGGAGCUAACGGGUUACAUAAUGGGUAAAGCAGAAGGCUCUGUGGCUAGGGAAGAAUGGCAUGGACAUGUUACUGCUCUCUCUCUUGCACCAGAAUUCCAACGGCUGGGUUUGGUUGCUAAAUAGAUGGAACUUCUGGAAGAAAUUUCAGAAAAAAAGGAUGGAUUUUUCGUCACUCUCUUUGUGAGGGUAUCAAACCAGGUUGCAGUAAAUAUGUAUAAGCAACUAGGCUACAGUGUGUACCGAACGUACUCUGCUAGCAGUGGAGAACCAGAUGAAGAUGCUUAUGGUAAGUACUUGCUUAUGGUAAGUACUGAAGCUGAAUGGAAAGAUUCUCAUGUUGAGAGUUCCUGGGUUGGUUUGUAUGAUUUUAUUUUAUUUUUUUAAUUCAAAACAAGUUUGGAUAGGUGUUGGUGAAUGGAAUUUUGUAAACUUCUUUAGGUAGCUUCUCUGACUGAAGAUUACAUCAGUUAUAAAACUUAAUCUUGUAGUUUGCACUUCUUGUAGCACCUGUGGCAAAAUACAGAACAAGAAUAAACUAAAAGUACAAAGGCACUCAUCUUGUAUGUAAGAUGAAAAUAAAAAUGCAGUUUCUAACCUGAUUUUUCUUUCUGAGGAAAGCUUACACCCGGUGGCUGGGCUUUUUUGCUGCUGUUACUGAGGGAAGGUGUUGCAAUGUUUUCCUCAUUUCUUCCCACAAAAAGGACU